AUGCGGCACGCCGGCGGGGGGAGGGAGGGUCGGGCUCGUGCACGUAGGGGGUCCGGAAGACUAGGGGCUUCCCUCCGGUCCCUAAAGUUUCCCCCGCUCUCCGGGCCCCGGGGCUGCAGAGAAGACAGCUUUCUCCCCUCCUGUGCCAAGGUGGAGUAUGCCUACAGCGACAACAGCCUAGACCCCGGGCUUUUUGUAGAAAGCACCCGCAAGGGGAGUGUAGUGUCCAGAGCUAAUAGCAUCGGUUCUACCAGUGCCUCUUCUGUCCCCAACACAGAUGACGAGGACAGUGAUUACCACCAGGAGUCCUACAAGGAGUCCUACAAGGAUCGGCGGCGGCGAGCACACACUCAGGCCGAGCAGAAGAGAAGGGACGCCAUCAAGAGAGGCUAUGAUGACCUUCAGACCAUCGUCCCCACCUGCCAGCAGCAGGACUUCUCCAUUGGCUCCCAAAAGCUCAGCAAAGCCAUUGUUCUACAAAAGACCAUUGACUACAUCCAGUUUUUGCAUAAGGAAAAGAAAAAGCAGGAGGAAGAGGUGACCACGCUACGCAAGGACGUCACGGCCCUAAAGAUCAUGAAAGUGAACUAUGAGCAGAUUGUGAAGGCACACCAGGACAACCCCCAUGAGGGGGAGGACCAGGUCUCCGACCAGGUCAAGUUCAACGUGUUUCAAGGCAUCAUGGACUCUCUGUUCCAGUCCUUCAAUGCCUCCAUCUCCGUGGCCAGCUUCCAGGAGCUGUCGGCCUGUGUCUUCAGCUGGAUUGAGGAGCACUGUAAGCCACAGACCCUACGGGAGAUCGUGAUCGGAGUCCUGCACCAGUUGAAAAACCAGCUUUACUGACUGGCUCGUGGAUACCUGCGUAACAGCCAGCAAGAGGCCUUGAGUCUCUAUUUGGCCAUGGAGCUGCUGGGCCCAUGAGCUUGGACUGCAACACCUCACACUGGUCAGCUGGUUUCUGCUGGGUGUUUGGUUUUCCUAGCCCCACUUCAUUGUCAGUGGGGCUGGGGUGUGUUUUGUGAAAGCUUCUGAUUAAUUUAUUAUUUUGACCAUAAAACUCAAACCUGCCCAGUCUUUCCUCUCCCUUUGGAAGUCCUCAGGAUCAGAGUCUGCUUCGGGCACCCCAAAGAGAUCCUGGCCUCUUAGCCUUCUCUCUAAGCCGCAGACUUCUGCUCUUGAUCUACAUAUAUUUGGAAACUGUUUGCCUCUGUUUUGGUCUCUUGGGCAACAUUUGGCCAUCUUGGCAGGAAAAAAAGGAGUAAGAAGAAAUAUUCCCACAGCCAUGAAAAGUGAAAGGGCCACCUCAUGCCUAGACUAGGGCUGCCCAGUCAGUCCAAGGUGAGGCCAGGGCUUUCUGGCUAGCUUAGAGCAGGGCUACCAGUUUCUUCCCCUGCCCUGGGAGGUAGGGAAGCAGCGCUACCUCCUCCUGCACUCUUGGUUCCCACAGGCUGUUGUGCUGCAUGGUAAAGGCAGGUGUGACACAGCAUUACAUAUUUGCAAAUUUUUUAUUUUUCUAAACACCAACAAUGCAACUUUGUUAAAACUAUAAUUUUGGAAAAUUAA